CCCAAAUAUUUGAAUAAAAAAAAAAUUGCCUUCUUUUUACAUCGAAAACUCAGUCCAAAGUUGACAACAAGACACAAUGAGUUUGGAAAGUGGCCAUAAAUUCGAUGUUAUUGCAUCGUAUGAGAGUUACCUUCAGGAUCCUGAAGUGUCGACACCUGUCGCCGUGUUCAAAGCAUUAACCGAUUUUGUUCGACAAAGCGAAGCACCCACCAUGUCAGAAUUCAUGCAAACAUUAGAACGCGCUGCCCAAUCCAUUCGUCAAGACGUUCAGACCAAUCGCAGAAUUCACGGUAAACCACCGAAUCGACACAAGGCCACUAUCGCCACCUUGGCAGGUGUGGAUUUAUUCAUGCGUUUUGUCACCAGAAACUCGCACGAUUUCUCGUUGUCUGCUGAAGCGCGAAGCUUCGAAGAUUUCAAGGAGAAUUUAUUGUCACGCGCAGCAUUGAUCUUGGAUAAGGCUUCCGUGGCGCGUAUCAAGGCUGCCGAAAUUGGAGCUCAAUUCGUGCAUGAUAAUGCUGUCAUCCUGGUUCAAGCGUACUCACGCGUAGUGAUGAGUGUCUUAUAUUAUGCUGCCAAUGUGCAACAUAAGAGAUUCAAGGUAUAUGUGGCAGAGGGUCGUCCAAAUAGCGAAGGUUUGCAAGCAGUGGACGCUUUGCGAGAAGCCGGUAUUCCUUGCAGAGCGGUUUUGGAUUCAGCAGUAGGCUAUAUCAUGGAUAAGGUUGACAUGGUGUUUGUUGGCGCAGAAGGUGUAGUGGAGAACGGAGGCAUUAUCAAUCAGAUUGGUACAUAUCAAAUUGCUUUGGUUGCGAAUGCUCUGGGCAAACCGGUUUACACGGUUGCAGAAAGUUACAAAUUUGUGCGUGUAUAUCCUUUGAAUCAGUAUGAUCUUCCUGCAGAAACUCCAGAGAUCGUCCGCUUCACAUCCCGGCGAAAGUCCUUUAGUAAUACUCCACCCGAGGGUGUGGACGAACUAACAUUUACGAACCCAUCCGUCGAUUAUACUCCACCCCAGUAUUUGACAUUGUUGUUGACUGAUCUGGGCGUGCUGACACCGAGCGGAGUCAGUGAUGAAUUAAUCAAAUUGUACCUGUAAAAUAAUAAUAAAAAAAAAACCACCAACAACGACAUGUGUGUGUAAAC